GGUUCCAACUCUCAGCUCACACACCGCUGGCGGACACCCCAGUAACAAGUGAGAGCGCUCCACCCCGCAGCCCCUGCCUCUCCUCCCUCGGUCCCCUGCGCUCUUGGAAGAAAAACGAACAGCAUCUCCAGCUCUCGCGCGGAAUUUUCUCUUCAACUUUACCCAACCGACGACAUGGAACCAGCUUCAACCUUUUAAUGCACAGCCCAGCCAUAGGAUCGCCUGCCUUCUCCUCCUGGUCCCUCCUGGAUGUUCUGUUUAUUGAUGGCUCACAAGCCCCGCGGAGAGCUGUCUUCCCUCCUCUUGCUCCCUCGGGUUCCUUGAGUUAGUUUCCGAGGUUUUACCAGGGCUUGGGAUCUCUUGGACCGAAUGGAACUUUUUGCUGCCUCCUUUUGCUGCUGAUUCUGUCAGUGGACAAGGAAAAAGGCUUCGAAGGCAGAAGAGGCGCAGGGGAGGUGGAGAAAGAGGUGGAGGAAGAGGACGAGGAGGAGGAGGAGGAGGAAGCCGAAGGGGCUCGGCGUGUGUGUGUGCAUGUGUGCAUGCGUGUGUGAGUGCAUGUGUGUGAGUGCCGACACUGCCCAGGACCUCUGGCCCCGAAGGUGUUGGCUGAAAUAUGGAGAAUAGUCUUGGAUGUGUUUGGGUACCCAAGCUGGCUUUUGUACUCUUCGGAGCUUCCCUGCUCAGCGCGCAUCUUCAAGUCGCCGGUUUCCAAAUUAAAGCUUUCACAGCUCUGCGCUUCCUCUCAGAACCUUCUGAUGCCGUCACAAUGCGGGGAGGAAAUGUCCUCCUCGACUGCUCUGCAGAGUCCGACCGGGGAGUCCCAGUCAUCAAGUGGAAGAAAGAUGGCAUCCAUCUAGCCUUGGGAAUGGAUGAAAGGAAGCAGCAACUGUCAAAUGGGUCUCUGUUGAUACAAAACAUAUUUCAUUCCAGACACCACAAGCCAGAUGAAGGACUUUACCAAUGCGAGGCAUCUUUAGGAGAUUCUGGAUCAAUUAUUAGUCGGACAGCAAAAGUCGCAGUAGCAGGACCACUGAGGUUCCUUUCCCAGACAGAAUCUGUCACAGCCUUCAUGGGAGACACAGUGCUACUCAAGUGCGAAGUCAUUGGGGAGCCCAUGCCAACAAUACACUGGCAGAAGAACCAACAAGACCUGACUCCCACCCCCGGCGACUCCCGAGUGGUUGUCUUGCCCUCCGGAGCAUUGCAGAUCAGCAGACUUCAACCAGGGGACAUUGGAAUUUAUCGCUGCUCGGCUAGGAAUCCCGCCAGCUCAAGAAUAGGAAAUGAAGCAGAAGUCAGAAUUUUAUCAGAUCCAGGGCUGCACAGGCAGCUGUAUUUUCUGCAAAGACCAUCCAAUGUAGUAGCCAUUGAAGGGAAAGAUGCAGUCCUGGAGUGUUGUGUUUCUGGUUAUCCUCCGCCGAGCUUUACCUGGUUACGGGGCGAGGAAGUCAUCCAACUCAGGUCUAAAAAGUAUUCUUUAUUGGGUGGAAGCAACUUGCUUAUCUCCAAUGUGACAGAUGAUGACAGUGGAACUUACACCUGUGUUGUCACAUACAAAAAUGAGAAUAUUAGUGCCUCUGCAGAGCUCACAGUCUUGGUUCCACCAUGGUUUUUAAAUCACCCCUCCAAUCUCUAUGCCUAUGAAAGCAUGGAUAUUGAGUUUGAAUGUGCAGUCUCGGGAAAGCCUGUGCCCACUGUGAAUUGGAUGAAGAAUGGAGAUGUGGUCAUUCCUAGUGAUUAUUUUCAGAUAGUGGGAGGAAGCAACUUACGGAUCCUUGGGGUAGUGAAGUCGGAUGAAGGCUUUUAUCAGUGUGUGGCCGAAAAUGAGGCUGGAAAUGCCCAGACUAGUGCACAGCUCAUUGUGCCUAAGCCAGCUGUCCCAAGCUCCAGUGUCCUCCCUUCAGCUCCCAGAGAUGUGGUCCCCGUCCUGGUUUCCAGUCGAUUUGUCCGUCUCAGCUGGCGCCCACCUGCAGAAGCAAAAGGAAACAUCCAAACUUUCACGGUCUUUUUCUCCAGAGAAGGUGACAACAGGGAACGAGCAUUGAAUACAACCCAGCCUGGGUCUCUUCAGCUCACUGUGGGAAACCUGAAGCCAGAAGCCAUAUACACCUUCCGUGUUGUGGCGUACAAUGAGUGGGGGCCAGGAGAGAGUUCUCAGCCCAUCAAGGUGGCUACUCAGCCUGAAUGUGAGUAUGGAAAGGGAAGGGCGAAUAUAGAGGUUGAUGGACUAUCUUAUAAACUGGAAGGUCUGAAAAAAUUCACAGAAUAUAAUCUUCGAUUCUUAGCUUAUAAUCGCUAUGGUCCAGGAGUAUCUACUGAUGAUAUAACAGUGGUUACACUUUCUGAUGUGCCAAGUUCCCCACCUCAGAACGUCUCCCUGGAAGUGGUCAAUUCAAGGGUAAGUCGGCUAAAUGUUCCUUACUUCAUUACCUAUCAUGCGUGUAUAACCUCCACUCGCCUAGCUGCCAUCUUGAAUCCCACUGACCCAGUUGAUUAUUAUCCUUUGAUUGAUGAUUUCCCCACCUCGGUCCCAGAUGUCUCCACCCCCAUGCUCCCACCAGUAGGUGUACAGGCUGUGGCUCUUACCCAUGAUGCUGUGAGGGUCAGCUGGGCAGACAACUCUGUCCCUAAGAACCAGAAAACGUCUGAGGUGCGACUUUACACUGUCCGGUGGAGGACCAGCUUUUCUGCGAGUGCAAAAUAUAAGUCAGAAGACACAACAUCUCUAAGUUACACGGCAACAGGCCUCAAACCAAACACAAUGUAUGAAUUCUCGGUCAUGGUAACAAAAAACAGAAGGUCCAGCACAUGGAGCAUGACUGCGCACGCCACCACGUAUGAAGCAGCCCCGACCUCUGCUCCCAAAGAUCUGACAGUCAUUACCCGGGAAGGGAAGCCUCGCGCUGUCAUUGUGAGCUGGCAGCCUCCCUUGGAAGCCAAUGGGAAAAUUACUGCUUACAUCUUGUUUUAUACUUUGGACAAGAACAUCCCAAUCGAUGACUGGAUUAUGGAAACAAUCAGCGGUGAUCGGCUUACUCAUCAAAUCAUGGAUCUCAACCUUGACACUAUGUAUUACUUUCGAAUUCAAGCGCGAAAUGCGAAAGGAGUGGGGCCCCUCUCUGAUCCCAUCCUCUUCAGGACUCUGAAAGUGGAACACCCUGACAAAAUGGCUAAUGACCAAGGUCGUCAUGGAGAUGGAGGUUAUUGGCCCGUUGAUACUAAUUUGAUUGAUAGAAGCACCCUAAAUGAGCCACCCAUUGGACAGAUGCAUCCCCCACAUGGCAGUGUCACCCCUCAGAAGAACAGCAACCUGCUCGUGAUCAUUGUAGUCACCGUUGGUAUCAUCACAGUGCUGGCAGUGGUGAUUGUGGCUGUGAUUUGCACCCGACGUUCUUCAGCCCAGCAGAGAAAGAAACGGGCCACCCACAGCAUUGGCAAAAGGAAAGGCAGCCAGAAGGACCUCCGACCCCCUGAUCUUUGGAUCCAUCAUGAAGAAAUGGAGAUGAAAAAUAUUGAGAAGCCAUCAGGCACUGACCCCACAGGAAGGGACUCUCCCAUUCAAAGUUGCCAAGAUCUCACACCAGUCAGCCACAGCCAGUCAGAAACCCAACUGGGGAGCAAAAGCACCUCUCAUUCAGGUCAGGACACCGAGGAAGCAGGGAGCUCCAUGUCCACCCUGGAGAGGUCACUGGCUGCACGCCGAGCCACCCGGGCCAAGCUUAUGAUCCCCAUGGACGCGCAGUCCAACAAUCCCGCUGUCGUGAGCGCCAUCCCUGUGCCAACCCUAGAAAGUGCCCAGUACCCAGGGAUCCUCCCAUCUCCCACGUGUGGAUACCCCCACCCGCAGUUCACUCUCCGGCCGGUGCCAUUCCCAACGCUGUCAGUGGACCGAGGUUUCGGAGCAGGAAGAAGUCAGUCGGUGAGUGAAGGACCAACCACCCAACAACCACCCAUGUUGCCCCCUUCUCAACCAGAGCAUCCCAGCAGUGAGGAGGCACCAAGCAGAACCAUCCCCACGGCCUGCGUUCGACCAACUCAUCCACUCCGCAGCUUUGCUAACCCUUUGCUACCUCCACCAAUGAGUGCAAUAGAACCGAAAGUCCCUUACACACCGCUUUUGUCUCAGCCAGGGCCCACUCUUCCUAAGACUCAUGUUAAAACAGCCUCUCUCGGGUUGGCUGGAAAAGCAAGAUCCCCUUUGCUUCCCGUGUCUGUGCCAACAGCCCCUGAAGUGUCUGAGGAGAGCCACAAACCAACGGAGGAUUCAGCCAAUGUAUAUGAACAGGAUGACUUGAGUGAACAAAUGGCGAGUUUGGAAGGGCUCAUGAAGCAACUUAAUGCCAUCACAGGCUCGGCUUUUUAAUAUAUAUUGCCGAAUUGAUGACGUGAAUUUUCCAGGAACUUUGUGGUAUACCAAUUACAUAUAAACAGCACACCUGCGUCCAAGAA